UGAUGAGCAGGCAGCCAGGCUAGCGUAGCAAUCAGCUGCCCGGUGAAUCAGCUGAGCACCCAGGACCAGUGCUGACAGGAACAAGUACCAGGACCAAGUGGGGGGGAAAACACGAAGAAGAAGAGUGCAGUGGAGAAGGAGGGUGUUCUGAAUCGUGGUUGUUCUGUGCCAGGGGGGUGGAAUGCCAGGCUUGGUUCCUGCCAUGGCGGGGCAGAGGAUCCAGAGAGAGACCCCCAGCAGGACAGCGUUUCACAAGCUUUCUGCCUCUAAAGGAACCCAGAGGAAGGGAGUCAGAGCCAGCAGACAGGGAGAGCAAGGCAAUGACACACAGACAGUUCCAGAGAAGAGGGGAACAGUCUGUGGUCCUUCCUUCAUCAAAUCAGCCCAGAUCAGAAACAUCCUGGAACCACAUGCACUAAAUGUGGAUGAGAGGCUGAGGCUGGCACGGGAGCGAAGAGAGGAGCGAGAGAGAGAGCUCGUGUCACGGGAGCUGGGCUGGUUGGAGCGUGAGGAGAGGGCACGGCGCUACCAUGAGAAGCAGCUGGAGGAGAGGAGGAAGAGGCUGCUGGAACAGAGGCAGAAGGAGGAGAAGAGGCGCCAUGCUGUUGAGGAGAAGCGAAGGAUUGGGCUCAAGGAGGAAAAGGAGCGCUGUGAGAGUGCAGUACGCAGGACACUGGAGAGGAGCCAGAGAGCCAACCAGAGGCUCAUCCAGACCUCUCGAGGAAGGAAACUCAUCAAGAACAGCGUUUCGCGCCGCUUACCGCUGAGUCCCUGGGAGAAGAGCUUGGUCAGUCGGUUACUGACCCCCACAUGCGCUUAUCUGGCCAGAAGCAAGAGUGCUGGCUGUCAGUCACUAGACAAAGUUGUCCACGUUUGUCGCCGUUCAGUGUCAUGCCACUCCAUGAAUGCCAACAACACCUGCAAAGCCCAGCAGCAUCGUGGCCCAGCAGACCACAGGAACACCGCCUCUCCCAGUCCGGCCAGAACCAACCACAGAACCAUCAACCUGGCACAGGUGAAAGCAGGACAGAUGCAGACACAGCACAUUGAGAAGAUGUGGAACGGUGGAACUCCCCAGACAACUGGUGCUAACAUUAGAGUGAGGCCAGACACAAACGCUGAUAACAGAGCACGAUCUUCCGGCAGGUCUGUCAUCAGACACGUCACACCAAAGCAGACGGAGCUUCCCACAGUUCCCGAGGAGGAGGUUGCUGUCGACUCAGAGUCCCUCUCUCCUAGAAACCCGCCGGCAAUGACAACGCCAGCUGUGUACCGUCGUGAACACCUGGAAGACAGAACUGCAGUGACUCCACAUCCCACCUCUCCGGAACGCCCCACAGUCACCUCGUUCAGAAGCGAGGGACUGGAAAAUCAUUUUCUGGGGGCUGAGACCCGGCCGGCCGCUGGCACCAUGGACCCAGAAGAGGCCUCUCGCCUCCUGGCCGAGAAGAGACGAGAAGCCCGGCAGCGGAAACAGAGAGAGGAAGAGGAACGCAUGAGGAGGGAGGAGGUAGAGAGGCAAGGCAGGGAGGAGCUGGAGCGCCGGAGGGCAGAAGAGCAAGCGCGGCUGCAGGCCGAGGCCCAGCGGCUGGCGGAGGAGAGGAAGAGGAGGGAGGAAGAGGAGCAGAAACAAGCUGAGGCAGAGGAAGCACGCAAAGCCAUGGAGAAAGCUGCACUCCUCCAGAAACAGAGAGAGGAGGAGCAGGCCCGCCAACAGCAGAGGGCCGAGCAGCUGAGGCUGGAGAGGGAGAAGGUCUUCCAGCAGGAGGAGGCAGAGCGACAGGCCAGGAAAAAGCGACUGGACGAGAUUAUGAAAAGAACGAGAAGGCCCAAUCCGUCUGACAGGAAACCUGCACCGUCGGAGAACAUGGUGAAGGGAGUUCAACCAAAGGAGAACACAGAGCCUGUGCUGAACGGCACCAUAGAAGAAGUGAUGAAGCUGCCGGUGGAGGACAUGGUGCCCGUCGUGGCCUUCAAAGAGCGCAGGUCUCUGCGACCGCUGGGCGGCCUAGAGGAGAUACAGACCCACCAGCGAGCAGAGGUUCUUUCUCUCUCUUUCCUGUUCCCCUCAGAGAUCAUCUGAGCAGCUGUUGGACGAGGUGGAACACAGACCGUUCCAGCUCUGCCCCCGAGGCCUCGUUCCUGCCCUGCACUUUUAGACAGAAUGUGAAAACACAAUCCUAUACAUUUGGGGACUCCUACAUAUUGGAGUUUUUCAGCCUAGGAACACACAUCACUAUCCAAAUGUGGGCACAUGCUUGGGUUAUUUACAAGUGUAAAACCGAAGGAUUUCUCUGUUUAGUGCAAUGUCAAAGCCUGAACUAAAGCUACUACCUGUCUCAUAGAUGUAGGUUUAGAUGCUGGUAUGAUGAAUUUACUACAGUAUGAUGGUAAACACAGUGCAGUAUUGUGGAAUAAGGUAUUUCCUUUGUAAACAGUUCAUUACUCUCAAAUGACAGUUUUACAAUUUUGAAUGGUUGUUUUAGCCAUGAGCUCAAGCUUAAUCCUGACAUUUCUUGACUAUGCUGCUAUUCAAGCACUUUCCUUGCAGUUACAUGUUGGUUUUGGGUAGUUGUAACUGUGUUGCUUUUUCAACAGUGUAGCUUAAAGUGGAUGGAGCCCACACUCUUCUUCCAUCUAUAUUGAUGAAGUACAAUCACAUUUUUCAAAGCUGCUACCGAACUUUGUUUUCUGACAUUUCCAUGUAUUUUCUGUUGGUAUAGAAUACAAUAGUCACUUGGAAAGUAACCAUACAUUACAGUUGUGCAUUCAUUUCAAUGAAUACACAUGAAACUUCCCAAACAGUUAAGAUUGAAAUCCAUUUAUUUAAAACCCCUAUAGUACAAUAACAUCCUGGCACACAGCCUAACUACUGCUUGUGUCCUUCCUCUCCACCUCCCUAGGUACUAUAUAAUGUCUCUGUCAAAAUUGUAAAAACCUUUCUAUCUCUGAACCUGUAUUAAACUUGAAAUAAAAACACACGCAGUCUUCAAUCUUUACUUUCUUGUUGAGA